GGAGAAUAAAGUUAUAAAAGGUCGCGUUCAAAGAGGUGAUUUUUAUAAACAUAUACAUCUUCUCUAAUCACAUAUUAAUACCAUGAGACUCUUUGCUUCUGCAACCGGGCUCUUGGCCGUCCUUUCGGUUUUACAAGUGUCAUCUGCCGCACCUACUAGUGAUGACAGCUAUGAAAUCUCUUGGGAUGAAGCAUAUGCCAAAGCAGAGAAGUUGGUCAGUGGUUGGACGUUGGAAGAGAAAGUCAACGUUGGAACUGGAAGUGGCAACGAACAGGGUCCUUGUGAAGGCAAUACUAUCGCAGCUCCAGGUUUCCCUGCUCUGUGUAUGAACGAUGGUCCUACCGGUCUUCGCCGAGCCUACAAUACGAGCCAGUAUGUUGCGGGUAUCAACGCUGGUGCUUCAUUUGACAGGGAAUUGACGCGCCAGCGUGGUGCUUAUAUGGGUCAAGAAUGGCGCGAUAAGGGCGUAAAUGUUAUGCUAGGUCCAGGCAUGAACAUGCUCCGCGUACCUCGUGGUGGUCGCAACUGGGAAUACGCCGGUGAAGAUCCAUAUCUCGUAGCCGCUAUUGCUGAAGAAAGCGUCAAAGGUAUCCAGAGCUCGGGUGUGGUUGCCACCACUAAGCAUAUAAUUGGCAACGAACAAGAAGCCAACCGCUAUGAUGUAGAUACUGUGAUGGAUGACAAGACUCUACAUGAAAUGUACUUGAUUCCAUUUAUCCACGCUAUCGAAGCUGGCUCAGCGUCGGUCAUGUGCGCCUACAAUAAGGUCAAUGGUUCGUAUGCUUGCGACAGCGAUAAUGUCAUGAACCACAUCACGAAGGAAGAAUUAGGAUUCAGGGGUUUUAUCAUGAGUGAUUGGUGGGCGACGCACUCGACUGUCAAUGGUAUAAACAGUGGUCUUGAUAUGACUAUGCCUGGUGAUGCCAAUGCUGACAGUGUUACUGGUGGUGGUUUGUGGUUUGGCAAGAACUUGACUGAUGCUGUGGAACGUGGUGAUGUCACUGAAGAACGGAUUACCGAUAUGGCAACUCGCAUCGUUGCUGCUUGGUACAAGGUCAGCGAAGACAAGGACUAUCCCGAGCUUCGAUUCAACUACUUCGAUUCUUCUGUUGGUGAGGAAGUUGAUGUCCAGCGUAACCACAAAGAAAACAUUCGUGCCCAGGGUGCUGCCUCUGUGGUUCUUUUGAAAAAUGAGGAAGACAUUCUUCCUCUAAAGGAAGAUACCAUUAAAAAGCUCGCUAUCAUUGGCAGUGACGCUGGACCUGACCCUGAAGGUUUGAACCAAUGCAUUGAUGGCAGCUGCUCUCGUGGAACUUUGACUCAAGGCUGGGGAUCAGGUUCUUGCUACUUACCAUAUCUUGUUACGCCUCUCGACGGUAUUACAGCUCGUGCUGGCGACUCUGUUGAGAUCUCUCAUACCUUCGAUGAUUGGGACCUCGAAAACGCUGCCAAGGUUGCUGCUGAUGCUGACAUAGCUCUUGUAUUUGCCAAAUCGAACUCUGGUGAAAUGUACAUCAUUGUCGACGAUAACGAGGGUGACCGUAACAACAUUACCCUUUGGUACAAUGGCGAGAACUUGAUAAAUGCAGUUGCAGAUGCAAACAAGGAAACAAUUGUUGUUAUUCACUCUGUUGGACCUAUUGACUUUUCAUCCUGGAUCGAUCAUCCCAAUAUCAAGGCUAUUGUUUGGCCUGGGUUGCCGGGCCAGGAAACCGGAAACUCACUUGCCGAUGUCUUGUUUGGUGAUUACAACCCUUCAGGUCGCCUGCCUUAUACUAUUGCCAAGAAAGAAUCCGAUUAUGUUGCUGACGUGUCCCAAGAGCUCACUGUCGAGUACACCGAGGGUGUCUAUAUUGGCUACCGUCACUUUGACAAGCACGGCAUUGAACCCUUGUUUGAAUUCGGCUACGGCUUGUCUUACACCACGUUCGACUAUAGCAAAUUGAAGGUCAAGACCUCGCACAACAAGGACAAGGAACCCAAGCAAAAGGAUAUUUUGGCUAGCGCUUCACUAUUUGUUGAGAACACCGGCAAGGCCGAUGGCAACGAAAUCGUUCAAGCUUAUAUUGCCUACCCUGAAUCGGCCGAUCAGCCACCCAAGCAAUUGCGUGGUUUUGAAAAGGUCUUUUUGGAAGCUGGCAAGAAGAGCAAGGUUAACUUUGACUUCACUGCUCGUGAUCUGAGCACCUGGGACGUUGUCCAACAAAAAUGGGUUGUUGCUACCGGUGAAUUCACCUUGCUUGUCGGUCAUACUAGCUUGGAUAUCCGGCAAAAGGCUUCCUUCACCAUCUAAGAAAAGAACAUCACUCUUUCCUUACCUUUUCUUUUCCCUUUCAAUGAUUAUACUUCUGUUAUCGCUCUGAGCCCCUUGAUAUUAUUUAUUUGAUAUAAAUGAACACAAAUUCUUUAUUUCCUCGUAACAGACCAUUACCAAUACUGCGUGUUCAUGAUGAUACUUUCAUAUUUUUGAGCUGAUCCCUCUCUUUAGAUUAACACAAAUGAAAUUAUCACAAAGGAAGUCAGGUGUGACAAAGCAUCAUAUGCUUGAUUACUUUGUUUUUAC